CUCCACUCAAGAGAUUCCUUCCUUCCGGCGUGGUUGCUCAGGGUCGGUUGCUGCCAGAAGUUUUAAUUGGUAUUUUCCUCGUUUGUCAGGAUUAAAUGUUAAGUAUCACCUGGUUUGAGUACAGCUCUGAGAAUCCUGCUGAUACGGGUUAGGCCAGGGAAUCAGCUCUAGAGCCUAGCUGCUGCCCCUUCGUUUACGCAUCCUCCAAACAAAUUUUAAAUUGAAAUUGUCAUUUUCCGGAGGCCUCUCCCUGGCGGGAUCCAGCGGAGGAACAGAACCAGAGAGGAAAUGUGUGGAUCUAGCCAGCUGGCAGCCAUGAAUGAAUGGAUGAAGAAAGGCCCCUUAGAAUGGCAAGAUUACACUUACAAAGAAGUCAGAGUGACAGCCAGUGAGAAGGAGUAUAAAGGAUGGGUUUUAACCACAGACCCAGUCUCUGCCAAUAUUGUCCUCGUGAACUUCCUUGAAGAUGGCAGCAUGUCUGUGACCGGAAUCAUGGGACAUGGUGUGCAGACUGUCGAAAUUGUGAAUGAAGGGGACCAUAAGGUGAGAGAGAAAUUGAUGCAUUUGUUCAUGUCCGGAGACUGCAAGGCAUACAGCCCAGAAGAUCUGGAAGAGAGAAAGAACAGCCUGAAGAAAUGGCUGGAGAAGAACCACAUCCCCAUCACUGAACAGGGAGAUUCACGAAGGACUCUCUGUGUGGCUGGGGUCUUGACUAUAGACCCCCCAUAUGGUCCAGAAAAUUGCAAUAGUUCUAAUGAGAUUAUUUUGUCCCGUGUUCAGGAUCUUAUUCAAGGACAUCUUGCAGCUUCCCACUGAAAGGCUGAGAACUGUAGGUGCACUGACUGAAAUAAGACUUCCUCUUUUGGAAAGUCUUUGUUGUUUUUGCUGAAAUAAAAGAUAUGGAUCAUGAGUGCUAAUAAGUAAACCAGGCAGGAUGGCACCUCAAACAAAACUAAAACAGGGACAUCAGAAUUAUGAGUCUUUUCUUGUGAUGGGGAUACACCUCCAUUUUUGUUAGACAAGAAAUGUAUUCGGAAAAGAUGGAACAUGUUAAAUUUGUUAUAAAAUUCAAAGUUAAAAUACAA